UUUUAGCGGUAUGUCUCAGAGUCAGUCUUCACGGAGACCCAGGGGAAUGAGCCCGGGGAACGGGGUCGCUGACGGGCGUAAAAUGCGCAGCGUGAUCGCGGAGGAUCCGGACUGGUCGCUGGCACUGGUUCCUUCACUAACAACACUCGGCCUACAGCAUAUUAUAAAACACUUUGAAGAGAACCCCAUUCUGGAUGAACUCAUGCCCAACUAUAAAGCGUAUGUCCUCCAGCGACUGCCAGCGUCUCUUCCCUUGACCGUCAGCGCAAACCUCAUCAGUGAUGAGAGCUACUGGAAGCGCUGCUGUGAAGGUCGCUGGCGUCUCUGUGAUGUCUCCACAUACGGCAACAGCUGGAAACGCAUGUUCUUCGAGCGUCACCUAGAGAACAUCAUUGAACUCUUCAUCCCAGAUGCAACUGACACCAAGACAGUCCUGGAUCUGGUGCCACUGUGUCGAAACUACGUAAAGCGCCUUAAUGUCUCUCAGCUGCUGCCGCCCAUCAAAGAGCCGCCCGGUUUUGACGAGGACGAUCGUUCGGAUUGUGCCAGUGAUAUGGGCAGUGAAGGACCCUCCAUUGAUCACUUUGAUUUCCGCAUUCUGCUCGACAAACUGCCGAACCUGGAAGAGCUCAACGUGGUGUAUGGAGUGAAAGGAUGCGGCAUGAACUUUGAGUGGAAUUUGUUUGAGUUCACCUUCAGAGACUGUGAAUCCCUGGCAAAAGCCCUCAAUUCCUGCAAGACUUUACAGGUCUUCAGGAUCCAUCGCAGUAAGGUGGACGAUGAGAAGUGUUGCAUGCUUGUGAGUCAAUUGCUGGAUCACCCGUCCCUGCAGGAGCUGGACUUUUCACAUAAUCAAAUCAGCGACCGCGGAGCCCGAGCCAUCGGGAAACUUCUGAACCGCAGUCAGCUGAAGAGGCUGGUCGUCUGCAACAACCAGAUAAGAGAUUCAGGGACUCAGGUACUGGCUCAUGCUCUGGCCAGAAACGCCACGCUGAUGUCCCUCAACCUGAGGCUUAACCACAUCGGGGAUGAAGGGGGUCAAGCUCUGGCUCAGGCUCUGAUCAAGAACAAGACUUUAACGAACCUUCACCUGGGGGGAAAUAACAUGUCAGAGCCCACAGCCGUGGCGCUGUCUCAAGCUUUGGUGGAGAACUGGACCCUCAAGAGCCUAAACCUGUCCAACAACAGACUGGGAGUCGACGGCGGAAAGCUUCUGGAGGAAGGGAUGUCCCACAACAGCAGUCUGGUGGAGUGUGACAUUCGGCUGACCGAUGUGGGUCAGGACAGUGAGUACUGCAUCGCUCAGGCUCUACGCGCCAAUCAGGUCCAGGCUGCCCGCAAAAACAAUCACAACUAUGAUCCCAAUGCCAAAGUCUGAGCCAUACAUGCUGUGCCUGCCAGGGAAUCAUUACUGGCCUCUGAAAAACACUGAAAACGAAUUAAAAAAUGACCAAAAUUACUCUUACUA